AUGUACAAGCCCGAUUUUAAACACCAGCCCUUGGCUGACCCCGCUGGACAGAUUCGGCUGAUUGAGGUCACCUCCAAGUCAAAUAAGCCUCUGGAAUUGUCCAUCAGCACUUACCUAACAACAGAAAGCCCCAGUUAUCAUGCUAUCUCAUACACAUGGGGAGAUAGCGGUCUCGCCGAAGAGAUCAUAAUCAACGGGCAGAAUAUGGUGGUGACAGAGAACUGUCGCCACGCUUUGAUACAGGUCGGGAAUUGUUAUCAGUCGCUACCUGGGAAGCCAAUCUUCAUUUGGAUUGAUUCCAUCUGUAUAAAUCAAGAUGACAACGCCGAAAAGUCACAUCAAGUUGCCAUGAUGGGCGAUAUAUUCUCCAAAGCAUCUAAGGUAUUGGCUUGUGUCGGGCCUCAUCAAGAUAACAGCCAAAUGCUUCGGGAAUCCAUGAACAGCAUCAUGAAGCUCAGUCCAGGCCUGUACCACCGCUGGACGGAAACGGAUUUAUCAAGCCGCGGAACUUGGAAUAUUUAUUUUCUACAGCAAGAUUUUGAGGAGCUCGAAGAACAGUUCCUCUUGCAUUCGCUACUUUCAGGCCGCGAGUUUUAUUCUCAGUUCAGGCUUGUCUUCUCUGCCUUUGCCAAUCGAAGAUACUGGAGACGGCUUUGGAUCAUCCAAGAAGUCGUGGCAUCAACCAGAAGCCAUGGUCAGUUGGAGAUACUUUGCGGCUCCGAUAGUUUUUCAAGAUCCGAGAUCGAUUUGUGCGACUUUAUAUAUCGCGCAACCUACCGUCAAUCGAAUAUAAUUCCGCAGGAUCCAGUCUCUAGUAAGGAACUAGGUUUAUAUUGCUGUCGAUUUGCCUUGGGUUCACAUGUAUCAGCACCUAUCCCCGCCCACAUGCUACUCGAAAGAUCAUUGCCUUUCCGAUGCGCAAGACUAGAGGAUAAAAUCUUUGGAGUAUUGCCAAUGAUCCAGUGGCCAAAAGGUACUCCGCCUGUUCAGCCUUUUUACGAGCCCUCUCCUAUUUUAGACCCAGCGCAGUUAUUCACAAGCAUCGUAAAAUCGCCGAGGACGGAUAUUUGGGACGUUCUUAAUGCACUCGAGCUUUCACACGAUCAUGAGCUCUUGAGGCCCCUGGUGGAAGCUAGAAUGGAGAGCCCGCCUCAGCCCCUUGGCCGCGGCAAGUACCCGUCGAUGUCGUUUAGAUUCAAGCCUACCUUCAUGAGAAUAUCUCAAGACUCUCGCGGCCAGCUUUCUGCGGGCCUGAUUCGUAAUUCUCAUCGAGCACCAACAGAUUCGACACAGAUGGAAGCCGAACUCAACGGAGCUCCUAAAGGGUCGGUGCAGCUAUUUGCUGGUUCCGGAGUUUGUGCGAUACUCUGCGCUGACGCUCAUGAAGGCGACGUGAUAAUCAAGGUGCCAGUUAUUGGUGAACUACUGGUGUUGAGGCGCAGUGCGGAAAAAAACGAAUAUAACAUUAUCGGCCAAGGCCUGCUGCUUUCUAAUCACGAGCUUCCAUCUUGCCCUUCAAUGGUAUCGGUAAAGGACAUGUUUAAGGAGAGUGAAGAUUAUGGGGAAAAGAAUUUCGCAUCCUACUGUGUGAUCGAAGCUGAGCCUAUUGAGUUCAUAGUGUUGGCGCGGCAGGACCGCGGAAUUGAGGGGGCACGCAUUGAAAGGAAGAAGUUGGAGAGGUUGGCCACUAAGAUAUAUGGUACAGUCAGGCUGAUUGAUUAG